UCCAUGAGGUUAUUGUUUAUAUUUAUGCAAAAUCCUUGGCAAUGUUUGGUUUGGCGGGUGGACGGAGGGUUCAACGGAGGUACAGUCUAUCGGAGACGACCUUUACAACAGGGUUACAUUAGGGGGUAUGGUUCACAAAAGUAGCUAAGAAGGAUUGGAAGACUCCUGAAACGGAGAGGAACAAUCUCAUGGAAUACUUGAAAAGAGGAUGUCCUAACAGUUUAAGAGGAUGUGUCUGGGCUCAGGUAUUAGGAUGCGAGAUCAUAGAGAAAGAUAUUGUGACCUACAAUGAAUUGAGAGAAGCUGUAAUAUCUACAGAUAUAAUGUUGGACAAACUCAUUAUAAAGGAUAUUGAGUUGAAUGCUGCAAAUGAUGAUCAAUAUUUUAUAUUUGAUGAUAUGAUUUAUAAAACUAUGCUUUGUUUCAGUAGAGAUACCCAGGUUGCUGAAAUGUUCUCUUGCGGCUCAGCUAACCCCCCCAAAGGAGUUUUAAGAGGUAGAGGGGGGCUCAGUGAAAACCAAGUACUGUACCCUCCCAGCGGUGUGAUUCCGUUCCAUGGGAUGUCAAUGUUCUGUGCACCUUUCUCCUACGUAUACACUGACCCUGUACAGUUGUACUUCGCCUUCAGAGCUAUGUACCUUAGAUUCUGGUUCCGACUUCAUCAAAUAUCCUCUCACCCCCAAUCCAUUCUUGGUCUAUGCGCUUUAUUCGAGAAUAUUCUUCAGCGUCAUGAACCUGAGCUUUGGUCACAUUUUCUGUCGAUUGAUGUUCAGCCAACUAGAGUCGUUUUCAGGUAUCUAUAUUUACACUUUGCUUUUGUGUAUAAUUGUUUGUUUGUAACCGAUAAACGUCAAAACGACUGACCUGAUCGGUCCAAAAUUUUUUGUAAGACCUCAAAUGUGAAAUGACCCCAGGGAAGGUUAGUGGUUAACAUCAGGAUUGGAAAAACAAACCCUGAUGAAUGAUUCACCGACAAAGGGUCAAACGACCCAGGGUCAAACGACACAGGGUCAAACGACACA